CUCCAGUAACCCAUUUCUUCCUUCAAACCCUCAUUAACAAAAUCACAAAACACAGAUUGCAGCAAUGGCGAACGGAGAAGAAGAUAAGAAAACUUCAACACGAUCUUCCAUAAAAUCUCAUAAUUCCUUCAAUAAUUAUCCAAGAUGGAAAGACAAGCUAAGGGAAAACUGUUACAAUAGACUUCGAGCUGACAGGAGUCGGCUUUUGUGGAAAAUGAGGUCAUCUGUUUCGACGGACCAUUCUCCUAGGCACGAGGAGUUAAUUAAAUCAACGUUCCAAGACAUCGUAUCUGACGAACUUAGAAAAAUAAAAGAGACUCCACUGAAAAGCUGUUCAGAAACUAGUGACGAUAUGUUAUGGGAAUACGACGGUCUUCAUGCAGCAUACCAAGGUGACUGUGAAGAAAUUUUGUUAGAAAUGCAAAAGAUUUUUUACGAGGAUCUUAAAAACGAACAAGAUGGAAAAGAAUUUAUCAAAGUAUGGGAUGAUGAGGAAGAUGAAUAUCUAGCUCGUGCUGUUUUUGAGAAUAUGCAUCUGAAUGAUGAAAAGGUGGGAAAAGAGGUCUGGUGUCCCAUAUGCAAGCAAGGAGUGUUGCAGCAGAACCGACAUCGUAUCUUUUGUUCACUUUGUCAACUUGAACUCAACAGAGGCGAUGAGGUGACUUUGGAGAUUCUACGGGACCGAUUAGCUGAAGCUCAUGGACAACAUUUUGACACGGGGUGUAGGUUGACGCCAAAGUUCUGUAUCCAGUCUAAGUUUGAUAUUGCUGCCCUGUACAUGGAGUGUCAAGAUUGCAAAACUUUUGAGAUUGUAAUUUAGCGUCUUUUAUUUUUGUUUACUAUCGGCAAAUAUGGUCUUGUAAAAACCAACCGGACUUCAAUUAUCAGUCGUUGGUUUUGUAUAUUGCUAGUUUUGUAGCAUGAUGUUAAACAUCAUUACUUGCUACCAGUAAUCUUUCAUAUUAUGGUACAUAAAUUUCAAAAGUUUUGUUGUGAUA